GAGUACAAGAUAAUAGGAACUUUUCAGAAACUUAGUUCUUAUACCAUGCCCAUAUUUUCCGAUAUACAAGAAACAGAAUUAAGUGGCACAAAAGAAGUUUUCCUGUCUGCCAUCCGCUAUGCCACUUCAACUGGUGAUUCAUUCCCUCAAUUCGAGGAUGAUCUAAGAGCGUCAGCUCAAGAACAGGUUGAGUUCAUGCUCGAGGACGAUGAAAAGAUUCCCUUGGUCAUAGCUGAUGAUGAAAUAAAAGUGGAGACUAGAAUUGUGGUGUCUAAAAUCUUUUCUUCUUUUGAAAAUGAAUUAUUCUCGUUGAUUUUGGAGCCUGACAUUGCGAACAUGGAGAUGGAAAAGAAUAUAAUGCGGAGUCUAUCUGACCUCGAAUGGAUGCAUAACACUCUUUUGAAGAUGGAUCUCAUGAAGGACUUUGUCACUCACUGGUCUAAUAUAUCGAGCAAUUUACUGAAGGUCAUCGAAGAUAAAAGACUUGAUUCUGUCAUGUGGGAUUUGAAGAUAAAGUUAAUAGAAGUGACAUCAAAAGUAUUGGAAGCAGUAGGUUACGGAACUGUAGUUCUUCCAGCAGAAAGUCGAGUAGAAUUGCUCAAGACAUGGCUUCCAUACAUAAGAAAAAUGAAGUCCCUUUCCGAUGAAAUGAGCACAACGGAGGCUGCAUUUCCAUACAAGAUGAGUGAUGACCUUUGCCAAUGUGUCGAGGGAGCAAUAGUUUCAUUGGUUUCAGCAUUACCGUCAAAUGAUCAAGCUGACAUUCUAGCAGAUUGGAUAAGUGCUGAACAGGUUAAAUAUCCAGACCUUAGCGAGGCUUUUGAGAUAUGGUGCUACAGAACCAAGUCUGCACAACGAAGAUUAGACGAGGCUUUGACAGAGUCAGCAAUGCCAAUGCCAUUGCCAUUGUCACCCUCUACUUAAUUUCUGAAGACGAAACAUCGCCUCAUAAGCACCUUUGGCUAUUGCUGGUUCACGUGGUAGCGUGCUCAACAUAUUCCCUGGUGAGUUAACGCUUCGAGAAAAUAUGGUGUUUUUGUAUCUAUAGUAAUUUGAUGUGUAAUUGUAACCUUCUUAUUUAGUUGUAAUUGGAAACUUCUUUCAUAUAAUAGACAUCUAAAGAUAAGAAAUGAUUUAUUUCUCCUCUGA